ACAUGACUUUCUGCCGAAUGAGUUAUGGCGACUGCAUCCGAGGGCGCGUUGGUGCUGGUUACAGGAGCAUCUGGUUACAUUGCGACACAUGUUGUAAAACAACUGCAGGAGGGGGGCUACCAGGUGAGGGGUACAGUGCGCAGUCUGCAGGACGAAUCGAAGGUGAAACAUUUGUACAAUCUGUGCCCUGAUGCCAAAUACAAACUCGAGUUGGUCGAGGCUGAUCUCACAAAACCAGAAUCCUGGGAAGGAGCGGUGAAAGAUGUGGAGUACGUAAUCCACGUAGCGAGUCCGUUUCCAAACAGUGCCCCGAAGGAUGAGAACGAGGUCAUCCAGCCCGCGGUCGACGGGACGACAAACGUGCUGAAGGCGUGCGUCGCUGCCAAGUCCGUCAGACGAGUCGUCCUCACCAGCUCAUGUGCUGCUGUAUCAUGGACAGUGCCAGGAAACCAGGAACUGGAUAAAGUGUUUACUGAGGAGGACUGGAGCAACACUGAGAAACUAGACGCUUACUCCAAGAGCAAAACACUCGCUGAGAAAGCUGCCUGGGAUUAUGUGAAGGAACUUCCAGAUGGAGAUCGUAUUGAACUGGCUGUUGUGAAUCCAGCCUAUGUGAUGGGCCCGGUCUUGCAUGGAACACAGGGAACGAGUAUGGAGGUGGUGAAACGUUUGUUGGAAAGAUCGAUGCCUGCCGUACCCAAACUGAACUUCCCCAUUGUAGACGUGAGGGAUGUCGCUGCGGCUCAUAUCAAGGCCAUGGUGACACCAGGAGCAGCAGGCAAACGUCAUCUUGUUACCAGUGUAAACCUGUGGAUGAAAGAAAUGUCCCAAAUUCUCGCUAAAGAAUUUAAGCCUCAAGGUAGAAGACACAUUUUGUUUGGCUUUACCAUGUGGAUGAAAGAUGUAGCUGUCAUUCUUGCCACAGAGUUUGACCCUCAAGGUUACAAUAUUCCUACGAUAGUUGCUCCGUACUUGGCACUGUGGAUGACAAGUCUGUUCGACAAGACGAUCAAGAUGAUUUUGCCACAGGUCGGAAAAGUGUUAACGUUCGACAACUCACGGAUGAAGGAUGUUCUAGGAGUUACUCCAAGGGAUGCAAAGGAGACUUUAAUAGACAUGGCGUACAGCAUGAUCGAGAACGGUUUCGUCCGAAAAGCCAAGAAGUACAGGGGACCCCCUGGUUCACGAGUCGACUCAAACACGGAAGAAAAGAAAGACAACGUGGAAGAGAGGAAUGAAUUGAAGGAAGAAAACGUGGAUGCCAAGAAGGAAGAAAACGUGGCUGCUAAGAAGGAAGAAAACGUGGAUGCCAAGAAGGAAGAAAACGUGGCUGCUAAGAAGGAAGAAAACGUGGAUGCCAAGAAGGAAGAAAACGUGGAUGCCAAGAAGGAAGAAAACGUGGAUGCCAAGAAGGAAGAAAACGUGGCUGCUAAGAAGGAAGAAAACGUGGAUACCAAGAAGGAAGAAAAGAAGGUAGAAGUAACGACAGACAAGGGUGAAGACAAAGACGAGAAGGAAGAAAAGACCGAAUCGAAAGAAGAAAUGAAAGAAGUUAAAGAGGAAGAAAAGAAGGAAGAAGAAAAGAAAGUAGAAGUGAAGACAGAAACUAAGGAAGAAGAAAAGAAGAUAGAAGAAAAAAUUGACGUUAAAGAAGAAGAAAAGAAGGUAGAAGAAAACAUAGAAGUUAAAGAAGAAAAGAAGGUAGAAGAAAACAUAGAAGUUAAGGAAGAAGAAAAGAAGGUAGAAGAAAAGGUAGAAGUUAAAGAAGAAGAAAAGAAGGUAGAAGAAAACAUAGAAGUUAAGGAAGAAGAAAAGAAGAAAAGAAGGUAG